GCUCGGGGUCCGACUGUCUGCCUGCUUCUCCCUGCGCGUGACUGACAGCCACACGGCUGUCUGUCUGUCUGCCUGUGUGGCCAGCUACCUCUUUGCUUGGCUUCUCCUGUCUGACUGGCGGGCCGGCCCUUGGCUGCUGUCAGUCCAUCCCCCAUGCAGCUGACCGGUCCCUGCCCAGCAACCUCUGUCUUCUGUCCGUGUGUGACCUCCUUGGGACGUGACUGAUGGUUGCCUUUGCUUCUGCGUGGCCCGCCUGCCCGGAGCCCAGCUGCCGUCCGUCUGGGUGACAGGUCUUGUGCUGUCUGGUCGGUGACUUGGGGCAGGUUUCAGCUUCCCACCCCAGUCCCCUGCCUGUUCUCCCAGACCCCCAUCCCUCACGCCAAGCCCAGCUGCCGUCCCCUGGGAGCCCACCGGAUUGCCCGAAGCACAGAGAGAAUGGAUUUCUGAGAAAGAAGUAGGACAGCAGGCUCCGGCGGGCAGCAUGCUCUGCGGCUGGGCUGCCCCUCUGCUCCUGCUGAUGCUCCAGGGGGCCUGGGGCUGCUCAGACCUCGUCUGCUACACCGAUUACAUCCAGACGGUCACCUGCAUCCUGAAGACAUGGGCCCCGCACCCUGGCACGCUCACCCUCACCUGGCAAGACUCAUAUGGAGAACUGGAGGACGAGGUCACCUCCUGCAGCCUCUGCUGGUCCACCCACAAUGCCACGCAUGCAGAGUACACGUGCCAUAUGGAUGUGUUCCAAUACAUGGCCGACGACGUUUUCAGUGUCAACAUGACAGACCAUUCGGGCAACCACUCCCAGGACUGCGGCAGCUUUGUCCUGGCUAAAAGCAUCAAGCCAUCUCCCCCUUUCAAUGUGACGGUGACCUUCUCCGGACAUUAUAACAUCUCCUGGAGCUCCGAUUACAAUUUGUACGCGCUGAAGGGCAAACUUCAGUAUGAGCUGCGGUACAGGAAGCUCGGAGACCCCUGGGCUCUGAGUCCAGGGAGAAAGCUGAUCUCAGUGGAUUCGAGAAGCGUCUCUCUCCUGCCCUUGGAGUUCCACAAAGGCUCAAGCUACGAGCUGCAGGUGCGGGCAGGGCCCCAGCCUGGCUCCUCCUUCCAGGGGACCUGGAGCGAGUGGAGUGACCCAGUCGUUUUUCACACCCAGCCAGAAGAGAUAAAGGGAGACUUGUACCCUCACCUGCUUCCCAUCUUGGUCCUCGCAUGCCUCGUCCUUGUCAUCUUAGGCCCGAAGAUCCAUCAGGCUUGGAGGCUAUGGAAAAAUGUGUGGGUGCAGGUGCCCAGCCCAGAGCCCUUCUUCCAGCCCCUGUACGUGGGCCACAGCGGAGACUUCAAGAAAUGGGUGGGCACCCCCUUCACUGCUUCCAGCCUGGAACUGAGAUCCUGGAGCCCAGGGGUGCCCUUGUCCCUGGAGAUGCACAGCCAGUGCCUACCGCAGACUGCAGCCAAGGGGCUGGUGCCCACAGAGCUGCCAGAGCCCCCAGACCUGGUGGAAGCCGACGGGGUGCUUGAGCCGGGCUCCUGGGGCCCAGCCCACUCCACCGCCGGCAGCUUGGGCAGCUCAGCUCACAGCCAGGAGAGGGACCGGCCGUACGGCCUGGUAUCCAUCGACACGGUGACCGUGGUGGACGCAGAGGGGCUGUGCACCUGGCCUUGCACCUGCGGGGAUGACGGCUACCCAGCCCUGAACCUGGACACCAGCCUGGAGCCUGGCCCGGGCACGGAGGACUCGCUUCCGGGCACGGGGGCCACAGUCCUGUCCUGUGGCUGCGUCUCAGCCAGUGGCCCUGCCGGGCCGGGGGACCCCCUGGGCAGCCUCCUUGGCAGGAUAAAGCUGCACCUCAAGGAUGAGGAGGGUUGGGCCCCCGGGCCGCCCUGGGAUGGCGGGUCGCCCCGAGGGGUGUCGGACAGCGAGGCAGGUUCACCCCCGGCUGGCCUGGACAUGGACACGUUUGACAGCGGCUUUGUGGACUCUGACUGCGGCAGCCCCGUGGAGCAUGACUUCAGUAGCCCCAGGGACGAAGGGCCCCCCAGGAGCUACCUCCGCCAGUGGGUGGUCAUGGCCCCUCCACCUGCAGGGCCUGGGCCCCAGGCCAGCUAGUGAGGCCGACUGGCCGUCCAGAGCUGGCCAUGCCACUGAGCCACGAGCCACAGACAGGGUCACCUGGGCUGAGGUGUAAAGAGGCCUGCAGCCCUUGGUCUCCCGGCUGGGACCCCUGAGCCUCGUGUUUCCAGUGCACGUCUGGGGCUCAGGUGCCCACUGGCGUGGCUGCGUGUGUGAGUAGCCUGCGUGCCUGUGGACACGGAGCUCGGCCGUGGUUCUGCCAUAUUCCCAAGGCCACUCGUGUGUCUGUGCCGACGUGAGCUUCCUGCGUGCGCGAGUGUGAGCCGCACGUGUGUCUGUGGGCACGUGAUGACAGCCUCCCUCCCUCCGAGGCACGUGGGUGACACCCGGGUCACGUGCCGAGACCAGGGCACUGCCUGGGACAGACACCAAGCCCAGCCCCCCAGGUCCUGCCUGCAGAGCCGCACGAAGUCCAGACUGUUC